AUGGAUGAUCCCAAGAUCUAUUUAGGACUUACCUAUAGGGAUGGUAUUUACAGCUUUUUAGAACAUGCUCAGGCUCACCCACUCUAUAAACAAGUUGAUAUACAAUUAAAUCGUUUAUCAAAUAUUCAACAAGAUGUUUUUAUUAGUUAUAGAAGUCAAAUUUUAUUUGAUGUAUGUUUACAUUCAUCACUUAUAGGACAAAAUUGUACUAUUGAUAAAAAAAUAAAAAUUGAAAAUUCAAUCAUAUAUGAUAAUGGACUUAUUCGUAAUAGUGUACAAAUUGAUAAAGAACGUAUACUUGGUAAAAAUGUUAUUAUUGGUACAAAUGUUCAUUUAAAUCAACGUAUGACUAUGAUUGCAUCGAAUUCUAUAACAUCAACAACUGUAAUACAUGAAAUUGAAAUUGAUGAUGAUAUUGAAAUAUCAUCAGAAAAUGUUAAACAUUCGAAUUUCAAACAAAGAUCUAAUUCCAUAAGUUCAUCAGAAAAAUUUAUUAGUUCAAGCAAUGGAGAAAUAAUGAUAUCAAAUAGUGAUUUAGUUGGUGUCGAUGGUUUUGGUAAAGAGCUUAUUUUUAAUUCUGUAUAUGAUGAUCAAGCAGAAAAUUUUGAACAUAAGGAUGAUGAUGAUAAAAAUCAAUUAAAUGUGUCUGAUGCAUGGUGUUAUCGUAUAGAACGUAGAGAAAAUAGAUGUUCAUCAGUCAUUUUAAAUGAGGACUUUCAAGAAGCAGUUAUUCUUUCAAAAGAAAAUAUCGCAUUCAGAAAAAUCAAAUUAUUGGAAGACAUUAACAUUAAUUAUGGGUCAAAUAACACAAUUUAUAUUAAAAAAAAUAUAUGA